AUGACGGUGAUGUCACCCCCAUUGGAGGAGGAAACUCUGUCGCUCGUCGGCGACAGAAAAUCCAGUGGUUUAUUACAGGAAAAAGGAAUUAUCAACAAUCGUGGAGGUGGUGGUGGCAGAUUUGGAAUCAGAAGUCAUACAAGAAUGUAUACUGAGGAAAGUAAUCAUCAAAUGCCCAGCGAAAUGUCAUCAACCAAUUCUAAUACCACCGCUAACGCAAACAAUAUGACAACUACUAUGGCAGCUACAACAUCUUCUAUUGAAACUGCUGACAAUGUUGGCAAAGCUACCGGAGAUGGUGAAAAAAAUGUUGGAGGUGUUGUUACAUUCGCUGAUUCUGCUGAGUAUGAUUUAAUUGAUUCGAUAAAUAUCGAUGAUGAUUUACUUGGACAGUUUCAUGAAGAUGCUAUUAAACAGGCUGGUGUUGGUUAUUUCCAAAUAUUCGCAGCUUUGUGCACCGGUCUCAGUCUUGCAGCAGAUACUGUUGAAUUUUUCGUAGUACCUUAUAUAUUGCCAAGCGCAGAAGUUGAAUUGUGUAUCAAAGACAAUGAAAAAGGAUGGUUAGCUAAGAUAACAUUAAUUGGCCUUGCACUUGGUGGAAUCGGAUGGGGUGGAUUGGGUGAUCGUAUUGGACGUCGUAGAGCAUUACUGUCAGCAAUGUCAGUUCAUAUCAUUUUUAGUGGAGUAGCAACUUUUAUGCCUACUUAUGGAACUUUUAUGACUGCACGAUUAUUUUCGGCAAUGGGUGUUAGCGGUGCUAUCCCACUGGCGUUUGUCUACAUAGCUGAAUGCUGUCCGCACAUCAGUCGAUCAAAAUGGGUCGGUAUUUUAAUAAGUGCCGGUGCACUUGGUGGUGUUUAUGCAGCACUAUUGGCUUGGAUUGUAGUCCCAACAACGGGUGAAAUGGUUGUAUUAGAAAAUAAAGAACACUUUAGUGCUUGGCAUCGAUUUUUACUGAUGUGUUGGGUCCCGGCUGUUUGUGCAACUAUCAGUUUAAUAUUUAUACCAGAGAGUCCACGUUAUUUGAUUGAAGCUGGUCAUGAUGUUGAAGCAAUGAUGGUCUAUCAAAGAAUAUACAAAAGUAAUACACGUAAAAAUAUAACUGGGAGCGGUGCUAUCACAGCAACAACGCAGUAUCAAUUGUCUGAAUUAGAAUUACCAACUAAAAGACCGAGGAGACGUGGACAGUGCAGUGGAAAUUGUUCUCCACCUUCACCCUCAUUAUCCAGCAGUGUCAAUAGUAGUAGUAAUAAUAAUAAUAAUAAUAAUAAUAAUAAUAAUAAUAAUCAUAAUCAUAAUCAUCAUCAUCAUCAAUGCAGCAAUAGUACAAGUGGUGUAGUUGCUGAUAUUACUUACUCAAUUGAAGUAUUUUGCAAUUCUUUUAUUCAAUUAUUUUCGGCAUCAUUUUUACGCAUAACAAUAACUCUUUUGGUAAUAUGGUCUGCUGUUGGGUUUGGAUUAUACGGAUUACUUCUUUGGUGUCCGGAAUAUUUAAAAGUUUUACGUUCUAUGGAAUAUGAACAAGAGACAAUACGUUUGAUAAACAAAGAAUAUAUUAAUCAAACAUUUACAUCAUCGUUAGAAAAUCGUUGGUAUAAAAAUUCAAAAUUUAUAAAUUGUAAAUUUAAUAAAAUGGUAUUUAGUCAUGUUGAUUUUGUUAAUUGUACAUUUAAAUCUGUUGACUUUAUCAGCAUAAAAUCAAGCAAAACACAUUUUGCUGAUAGCAUUAUUGUUAAUUCAAAAUUUCUUGAUACUGAUUUAUCAGCUAAAAUCUUUAUACGGUGUGUUUUGGAAAAUAAUACUAAAUUGAGUGUAAUAAGCCCAUGUCCAACACUAGAUCUUGACUAUAAUAUUUAUAUUGAAGAGGCAUUGCAUGGGCAUUUGGUAGCUCAAAUUGUUAUUGUUGUCGCUGCGGCAUUUACUGGAUACUUUAUUCUUACAACAACAUUUCAACGUACUAAAAUAAUUGGUCUAUCAUUACUUGUAAUUAUUAUUGUCGCAGUAUGCAGUUUAAUUCUUGUUAUAAGUAAAAAUAAUGCAUUAGCGGUGCUAGGAUUCGAAGGUGGCUUAAUAGCUAUUUUUGCAAUGAUUUGGACGAUAUUUACAUUUAUAACAAUUGAAUUAUUUCCUACCCAUUUGCGUUGUACUGCAUUUGGACUAAUGGCAGCAGCAUUCAGAAUUUUUGGAUUAUUUGGCACUGCUAUUUAUCAAACUAUUGUCAGUGCUCAUCUAAUUAUACCACCUUUACUUACAGCAUUUACACUUGCUAUUGUAAGUAUCGCAACAUUUUAUCUACCAAAUACAAAUAAUGUCUUUUUAUAG